CCAAAAAGAUGAUAUUUUCAUCCUAUUAUUAGAUAUAGGGUUGGAUUUUCUUCUAUUUGUGGACAAUUCCAUUAUCUUUAAUUUUUAAUUUUAUUUGGUUUUUUAUAUUUUUGAAUUUUUUUUUGGCUCUCCAUGUUGUUUGUCAUAUUUAUUAUGAACGUUACACAAAUGAACUGUUAAUGAUUUAUUAUGCUAAAUUUUGAAAUAUGUGUUUCAAUAUGUCCAUGUAUACAAUGUGUAAUUCACAAUUACAAAAAUAAAUAAAUAGUUACCAUAUUUGAUUGUUAACAUUUAUUCCCACAUUGAAACCCUAAUACCACCUUCACUAUGAUUUUUGUGAGUAAAUAGUACCACAAAUAGAACUAGGAAGAACACAAAAGUAUUAUAUUUAGGAUAUGUUGUCUCCAUUUUAGCACACUAGCUAGCUUCUCUCCUUAGGAUCUUAUUUUUUCUUUUUCAACUCAACAAGCCAAGCCAUGACAAGAAAGAAGGUGAAGUUGGCUUACAUCAACAAUGACUCGUCUCGAAAAGCCACUUAUAAGAAGAGAAAGAAAGGCCUGAUAAAGAAGGUGAGCGAGCUGAGUACACUGUGUGGCGUAGAUGCAUGUGCAAUCAUUUACAACCCGUACGACACUCAGCCUGAGGUGUACCCAUCUCCAGCAGGAGUACAUCGUAUAGUGAAAAAGCUCAAAAAGAUGCCUGAGGUCGAGCAGAGCAAGAAGAUGAUGAACCAAGAAGUUUUCUUAAAGCAGAAGAUUGGCAAGGUGAGCGAGCAGGUGAAAAAGUUGAAGAAAGAGAAUCGUGACAAAGAGAUGAAUCGACUCUUGUAUGGCAAUCUCUCUGGUAAGAUGAACCUUCAAGGCUUGACUGUCACUGAUUUGAAUGAUCUCACUUGGCUUAUUGACCAGAAUUUGAAGGAUAUUAAAAAGAGAAUGGAAAAAAUCGCUAAGGAUACCAAGUCUGCUCGAAUGGCCGCAGCUGCUGCAGCUGCAAUGCAUCCACUUAUGAAUGGAAAAGUGAAUGUUAAUGUGACUGCUUCUGCUACUGCGUUUGUGGCGGAUAACAAUGGCCGCAGUAAUAAUAAUAAUAAUCCAGUGAAUUUUGGAGGAAAAGAUGUGAUUUUUCCAUUGGGAAACAACAACAACAUGAACUUUAACUAAAUAUUGUUUACUCAUGGCGAUUAUUUGUGUUUCAUUUUCUUAGUUCUUAUUCUCAAUCAUAAUGAGUUAUUUGUGUUUGGUGUUAUACUUUAUUCUCUUGAUUUUGUUGUUGGUCAUAAUCAUUCUUAAUAUUGUCUUUAUGUUUUUUUA